AUGCAGAAAUCAACUAAAAAAGUUUAUCCUGGAGCUGCCGCUUUAAAACAACUUAAGACUCCAGAAAAGACAGCGGGCGAUGGCACGACUAAAUUACCAGUGGCCCGCGCUAUUCUACCAUCAUGCAAGUCCCUUGUGGCCCCUGCUAAUAAUUGGGCUGCUGAGGCUGACACCGCAGCGGUUCACGAUGUGGGUGGCCUGAUGAGGUCCGCAAUCUGUCCUAGAUCGGGAUCCACAAGCAUUAUGGAGAUAGAGCAGACUGGGAAUGCCAUGGGAUCGUUCACUGCAUCCCAUGACAGAAGCCGGGAAGGUAGGCAUAAAGAGAGGUCACGUUCAUGAGCCGAACGUACCUCAGAUGACAGAGGCUUUAGGGGGGUGGCAGGCGCACCUUUGACACCCCCCUAUGCAAGUGAGGGAAGCAGAAGUCUGAUUGGAAGCUCUGCUGUGGUCGUGAGCGGGGAGGAAGUGAAGGCUACGGCCAUGGCUAGCUGGGCUGUGCAUGCAAAAACCACACUGAGCAGACACAAAGGGAGACCCAGUUCGGGAAACGAAUGGGUCUCUGAGGAUGAGAGCUCAGGGGAUGCCGCGAGUGUGUUCGCAACAUCUCGGGACAAUGAAUCUGUCACAGCACUAACCUGCUGGGUGUCAACGCGUGCAGACAGGAGUGAAAUUACUGCCACUGAUACUGUACCAGUUCAGAGAGCAGACACAGCUGCUGCUGAAAACACUGCCACAAUUGUAUUGACAGGGUUUAAAUCAUAUCUGACAAAAGAUAAGUUGCAGGACCACAAGCAUCAAUAUAAUUAA